AUGGCGCAGGUCCGGCCCUCGGCGCCUGGGCGUAGCUCAUCCGCCCAUUUGUUUGAGAGCAAGCUCAGCCAACAACUAUCCCAACCAGAAACCGCCCACCCGGAGCAUACGCGCUCACCCAAAUCGCGCUCUCUGUCCGAUGCGUCGAAACCUACGACGCCCCAGCCGUCGACAGGGGAUUUGAAUCGACCGCCCAGCAAAGACGAUAGUGCACUUCCUUCGUUGCCGGCAACACCGAAUCGAUCGUCAAGCCAGGCGAACCUAUCUCUAAACCUCUCCAACGCGCCUUCUCCUUCGCUCGCCAACCGCGGACCUCUGUCACCAAAACUCGAUUCAUCUCAUAUAUAUGGGUCGCCGGGAUCAGUCCUGCCUCGGCGCUCACGAGGUCUUGACUUCUCGCGCGCUUGCACCAACCUUCAUCACUCUACACUUGCAGAGUCCUCGCCGGACUCAUCCCCGACCGUUGGAGGACGCGGCAUGACCAUUCCUCAAAGGCGUGGAUCACAAGGCUCUACCUCAAUUCCACCGUUUUCCACCUCCGCCUCCGGUCCCGCCGACCGCACGGCCAUCUCCAGUUCAGUGUCGAGCGUGAACAUGAUGGAAUCGGAUACCAGCAGCAGUGACGAUGAUGACGAAGUCAUGAUGGGCGACCGUGACGAUCCCAUGCUUACCACGCCGCAGGCGGCGCGGAUGGGCAGUGGCCCGAGUGCUUUCGCGACGGGUAAUAUCCAAAGUCCUGGAAAUGAGUGGAUGGGCGGCUACUCACAAGCAGCAGCCAGCCUCAUGAGCUUUCAGCGAGCUCGCUUCCGCAAAGGACGUAUUCAAGCAGUGCCAGUGGGAACAGCUCCAAACCCAGCCCCGGCCCCCCCUCAUUCUCCUCCGAUCUUGAAAAGCGUGGAAAACUCCACGGGAGGCUAUUUCGGCCCACGGCAAACAGCCCAUUCACGACGGGAGAGUCUGAGUUUGGGCACGCGUGAUCUUCGAUUAUCGGACUUAAGUGACGAUGGGGAGGGUCGUGCCGUUCGAGCAGGAAGUCCAACUGCAGCGUCCCAUUUAGAUGGCGGACCACUGGGAGUGAUUCGUCGCGCUGUCACUCGGCGAGGAAGCCUACUACCCAAAACCAAGACGUUUGCUCGUAUUCGAGCAGCUCUCAUGGAAGAAAGCGCGCCUAUCGACAGUGAUAUGAAACGGGAGGCAGAGGUCAUUCAGCAGGUUCGCGACACCGAGCCCGAGACCUCACCUACACUCAGUGAUUUCCCAUCCCUCCAUCCUCCUCCGGAUGAGGCAGCGCCGGACGCCGAUCCUAUACACGCAAAGGCUCGUGAAUCUUCCAGUAGCUUCAGCAAGCAGGCGAGCCGCAACUCUGGCGGCGUCGAAUUUUGGAACUCGUUUGAUGAGCGCUACCGCACUCCACCACCACCGCCUUUGCGCCAAACAGGCACGUCCAUGGCGGAUGAUGAUAUGUUUAUGGACAUAACUCCGUCAACAACUAUCGGGUCCACGGCCGACUCAAAAGCGCGCUCCCGCUCUUCGACACCCCAUCCUCCCGGAAUGGUCAUUGGUGAAAUCCGGCGCAAGAGACGUCGGGACGACGACUUCGAUCCCAACCUCUUCAAGCGCCGGGCCGUUUCUCCCAGUGUGAGUGCCCAGAGCAGCCCGGUUCUGACCCAUUCCUCCGUCGUCGAUAACGGGCCUAGUAUCUGGGGGCCAUCAUUCAAGCUUGGUGCACCCUUCUCCGAACGUCCUAGCACAAGCUCUGAUAAUGGACAUGGAGGCAGUAACAAUAAUAAUAAUCGGACCACACCUCACGCGGGUGGCACCAAGCGUGUGGGUCUACAAGGCAUGACCGAGGCCAGUGAUGGCUUUAUGAACAUGAGCAUUGAGUAA